CUCUGGUACCCCGAGCCGCACGAGUCGGGAGAGCCGCAGAUCGGCGACGUGGGGUUCAUCCACGAAGGCGCGUUCAUCAGGCUGUUCAACCUCGACCUCUCCGCUCCCGAGAAGAAGGUCACGUUCUGGGAGCCGCCGUACAAGAUCACAGAGCCCCUGCCUCCGGGAGUACUCAAGAUCGAUCGCAGGCAUCGACCACUCAUCCCCGACCAUUAUUGUAGUCAUGGAAUAGAGAGCAAGGAGUUACAUGCUUCGGCAAACGUAACGGCCGGUGCCAACAUAUCAGCAGCCCUUACUGCCAAAUACACGUGCAAAGCGGCUCAGGGCGCGAUCCUUGCGCUUAAAAGCGAAGCCCACGCCGAGACAGUGUUCGAAAACGGAGUCCUGGAGAACUACAUCGCCCGGCAUCACGACGGAUGGUACGUGUAUGCGAGGGACGUCCUCAGCCAUCGAUUCAAACAGGAACAUCUCGUCGUUGUCCGCGGCUGGGUCAAAACAGAGGCGGACUGGGCCGUGGCUGCCUUCAGCAACGCCAGCACAGGUAUCAGCGCUUCGGUCGAAGGCAACGCUGGCGGCGUUGCGGGGGUCGGAGUCGGCGGGUCGCACUCGAGGUCUGUAACGGGUCCACGAGUGCAACGGCAGGGUCGGGACUACUUGGCGGACGCGUCUCGCCCCCGUCCUGCGGAGCCUAUCAGGGACCAGUGCGUCUCAGUGAAGUGUUACAAGCUGCAAAAGCGGCUAGGGUUCCUCAAGAAGAUCAUUGCGAGCGCGGACUACCACCGGCUUCCGGAUGUGGGAGACGGGCGAGGCGGAUCGGGAGGAGAAGGAAUCUUGGCACAGAUGGAGGAGGAUCUCGACGUGGGCGUGCCGGAGCUCAAGGGCGAGGGCGAGAUUCCUGACCCUCUGGACAUCCUUCUGGACUACAUGCUCGAGGUAAGUCUGCUCAAUCCGAGCGAUACUACCAACGCCGAGACUGUCAUUGCGAGCGAUGACGACGUCGAGAGCAUCGUCGUACCGCGCACUCUCGCACGUUCCACCAUCACACCUACCGACUUGGUUAAAUGGCCAGGUAUCACCUUGGACGGCGCUGGCCUCCCGGGCGCUCGGCGCGUCUUCAUCGGCCCUACGGAAACGGAGGCUCGAUCACUGAAGCUGAGACAACUCGUCUUCGCCGACUCUCUAAAUCCAUCAGCAUCUUGCACACGCUUUUCGCUGUCGACAGAUGGCAAGCUUCUGGCCGCAUGUUUUGGAAGCAGCGAUAUCCUCGUAUGGCGACUACCCGAUGGCCUACCCGUUCAGCGCUUACAUCCUCACGGCCAUGCGAAAGAUGUACUUUCCCUUGCGUUUUCUCCCGACAAUCGUUCCCUUGUCUCGGGGUCCGGAGAUACGACCGCCAUUGUCUGGGAUAUCCGACAUGGCCGUGUGUUUCUACGUCUGGAAGGACAUCAUGGGGCGGUGAAGAGAGCCGUGUAUGCUCCUCAUGGCGCACUCAUUGCCACCGCUUCUCAAAAAGUCGCGAUGAUUUGGAACGCUUCCACUGGAGCAUGUCUACAUUCCUUCGACAUCGAGGGCAUGCUAUAUGAGGUCGCCUUCUCCCUCAACAACCCGCACAUCUACGUUGACCAAGGCGGCCCCUGUUUGAUCUAUGAGACUCAAACUUACACGCGCAUCGCUGAACUGCGGCAUGGCGAGAAAAGCUGCGAGUCUGCAGAGUCUCACCAAGGGGACCGCAUAGUCACCGCAUCGCCGAAUGGUCAAGUGAAGAUCUGGAGUGCGCUGACCGGCCAACAACUUUUUGCAAUUGACUACCCGGGAGGACUCUCGUAUCCCGUGACAUUCUCCCCCGACGGCUCCGAGAUAUUGGCAGCUUGUGACCCAGACGAGACGGCUGUCACCUUCGAUUCAUGGACAGGCGAGCUACGUCGCGUCUACCAGCUCGCGGGAAAAUUGCAUCAUGCGUCAUACUGUCCAAGUAGAGACUACGUUGCCCUGGGAGAUGGCGCGGGCGACCUCCGCGUCUGCGACGCGAAGUCUGGAGCGUUCCUUGCCAGGUUUCAGGCGCUCAAUACUGAAAUCAACCGCGAGGUCUGGCCUCGAUUUCUCUUCGGGGGCCGAAACCUUGUGGCGAAUUUCUCCGACGGACUUUCACUUCUCCACGAUAUGCAGGACGUGUUGCGACUGAGAUAGCAUAGGAUUAUUAUGGCGACGCUUGUCUUACUUGGCGUAUUGAUAUUAGCUCAGGCGUAGCGAUAAAGUGGCCUGCUGUUGUAAGCUCAAUGCUAUCGAAUUAUACGACAGUUUCAACCAGAUGCAUAU